AUGGAAAAAAAUACGUCAAAAUCGCGAAAAUGUAAUUUAAAACAGCGUAAAGCAAGUGAAAGAUUAGCGCGUGAUUUGAACAUUAUAUCUUGUGAAAAUCCGACGGAAUUCAUCGCGAUUUGCAAUGCCGGCCUUGUUACCGGAUUAAAACAUGAAUCCCUAGAGCUUGUCAUUAAUAAAAUAUCAACAAAUAAUUCGAAUUACAAAAUAGUAAUGCCACGAGGUAAAUCGUACUGUUUUAUAAAGUUCGAGGAUUCAAGUGCCACGAAAAAUUUUUACGACAAAUUAAACGGUGAGUUCGAAGAAAAUUUAAAGACAACUUUGUAUUUAAUUUUCUGCGAAUCUAUCCCUGAUGAUAAUGAACCGGUUGGCGACCAGCUUCCUGGAGGCUUGAGAUUAAUCGAGGAAUUCAUUAGUCGAGAGCAAGAAGAUCGAUUACUGCAAUUGGUUGACUGGGACGAACACGAGCUUAAUUCGGAACUAAAGCAUCGCAAGGUCAAACAUUUUGGGUACGAAUUUUGCUACAAGACCAAUCGAGUUGAUCCGAACUCGCCGAUAGAACCGAUACCGGCGGAUUUGGAAUUUUUGUAUGGAUUAUUUGAGGAACAUGGCUGUGGAAGAUAUAAAUAUGAUCAAAUUACAAUCAAUAGGUAUUUACCCGGACAAGGUAUUCCACCGCAUAUUGAUACUCACAGUCCAUUCGAAGACACGAUUCUAUCCCUAUCAUGUGGAAGUGCCUGUGUGAUGGAUUUCAAACAUGAAGACAAAAAAAUACAAGUUUAUUUACCAGCACGUUCAUUAUUAAUUAUGUCUGGAGAAUCACGUUACACUUGGACCCACGGAGUUUGCCCGAGACACCACGACGUUGUUGAACAAAAGCAAGGUGAUAAAGUAACAACAACGACUCUUGAACGCGGGACUCGAAUUUCUUUUACGUUUAGAAAAAUUCGCACCGGAGACUGCCCGUGCAAUUACAAUGAUUGUUGCGAUUCAAAGAAAUCUAAAAGAGAGAUUGACCAGUCAAAAGCCCCCUUACUUGAGUCAUCUUACGUUCAUCAAGUAUAUGAUGAAAUUUCGAGUCAUUUUGAUGAAACGAGACAUAAACAGUGGCCUAAUGUUGCCAAAUUUAUUGACUCGAUUGAUCCUGGGAGUAUUCUUCUAGAUGUUGGCUGUGGCAAUGGAAAAUAUUUAACUCCAAAAACUGGAUUAUUAAAAAUUGGCUGUGAUCGAAGUAACGGACUUCUAAACAUUUGCAGAUCAAAAUCAUAUCAAGUAUUUCAAUCAGACUGUCUGAAAUUACCAUUCAGAUCAAACUCCUGCGACGCUGCAAUUAGCAUCGCGGUGAUCCAUCAUUUAUCAACAGCUGACCGUCGUCGUGACGCUUUUCUUGAACUGAUUAGAAUUCUCAGGCCUUUUGGCCGGUGUUUAAUUUACGUGUGGGCUAAGGAGCAGCGACGUAAUAAGCAAGAUUCAGCUUAUCUUAAAUUAAAUCCUGGGAAAAUAAAAGAACACAAAAAUGUACAGUUGUUCGAAGAUCUGGAGCUACCGGUUCACGAUAACAGGACUAAUUUCAGUCACAACGAUGUCAUGGUUCCCUGGAAAACUAAAAGUGGUAAUGAAUUUUUAAGGUAUUAUCACGUUUUUGAUGAAACUGAAUUCCGUAGUUUGUGUCUGAGGUUACAGGAAGUUUCUGUUGUUGAUAUUUAUUAUGACCAAGGUAAUUGGUGCUGUAUUUUAGAAAAAAAAUCUUCGUUAGUCUUAAGUUGA